CGCCUGUCACGAGUUCGCCGCCACCACCGCGCCGUUGCCAAAAAGAGCAGAAUCGACAUGGGGUUGGCUCGCGAGUGAGGGUGGUCGCGAGCUUGGAGCCGCCGCGCCAUCGUCACCACUGCGUCCACGCUGGUUGUCGCCGCUGUGAUGCACUCAAGGGGAGAGGUCACGCUGGAAGGCUGGCCGCUAGGGGCACUGUUGCUGCGAACCAGCCGCCGCCGUGCAUCCUCGUUGCCGCCACUGACCGGCCAAGUCGCCUCGCCAUGGUCACCGCUGUGGGUUUUGCUGCUGUUGAGGAAGGGACGCUACCUUGUGACAUCGCAGCGUGCCUGGUCCCUGUUGCUGCGAGCGCGCCAUCACCGGAGCUGGGUGGUUGCUGUCAUGGGAACCGUGAAAGAAGGAGGGAGAGGUCGUGCCGUUGUUCUGGCCGCCGGAGCUUCUAUGGCUGUCAGAAGCUGCCGUUGCCCAACCAGCUGCAACCGGGGUUGUCUCUUGUCGUGUAUGGCUGUCGAAGAAGUUGUUGAGGCCGCCAGAACCACCGCCGGAGCUACUGGUUACUUCUGCCGUCGCCGGAAAAGUACGCCGGAUAUGGAUGCAGAAGUCACGAAGAGUUUAUUUAGUUAUUGUUGA